AUGGCGCAGCUGUCUGGAGGACGCCAGGCUCUGGCAGACUUUGCUUGCAACUUGCAUACGAUCUUAUCCGCAGUCAAUGCUUCGACAAGUCCUCUCCUCGCCCCCAAUGUAAUCUUCAGACUGGAUAGCGACCUCAACAGUAACCCGUUCAUUAUCGUGGUAAAUAUGUUGAAUCGCGAGCAGUUUGAUGACAUUGGGACAUCGCUUUGGAACGACUGCACUGAUCUGAUGAUUACGCGUGGUGACAAACCGGAGGAUGUGCUAGUGCUUGGCAAAGUGAGGGCUAUCGCGUUCGCCGUCUUGAACACGGCUGUCACGCCUGAUCUCUUAGGGAAUCUCAGGGCUCUCGACCUGGCUCUCAAGGCAGCGCGUAUUUGCAUUGUGAACCAGCAAUGCGACAUUGCACUAAAUAUUCUGUCUGUGGCUGCUGUAAGAUUGACGAAUGUUCAGCCUGUUCAUCUUGGCCUUGAUCCUGCGAUCAACCGAAAUCUCACCAUCCGAUACCUCUUGCUUCGUGUUCGGCUGGCCUGGUUGCAGGAUCGAGUCGAUAUCGCCGAGCAUUUCUUCGCCAAACUCCCUCUAGCAGUUGUGUCAAAUGAUGAAGAGUGGAUUUUCGAAACUUGUUUUAUCAUUGGUGACUCUGCACUCGCACGGCGUCUGCCAGAAAUUGCAAUCAUAUGGCUGCAGAGAGCAAGCGACCACUUCACGUCUUUCUCCCUUUUGUCUGGGACGAAUUUUCCAGAUCACGAGAAUUGGAACUUGGUUAUUCGACAUUCCCUUGUUAUGGCUUCUUUACAGGCUAGAAGCCCCUUGGGAACCGUCACCUACGAAAUUGAAACGAGAUACUUGAGAAGUGUACGCCUGAAGGGUCUGGUUGAUAAGUUACCUCUCACAGAUAUGAACAUGCCGAUAAUUUUCCAAUUUGCCCGAUCUAUGGACCAUUCAGGUGGUUCGGAUGACGGAAUGGAGGCAUUUCGAAUUUUGCUCAUGCACCCUCUGCCAAGAGAAUGGACAGAGAAAUGCUUUGUUGCUUUUCUUCUACUUUUGAGCAGAUCGGAGUACUCUGAUCUCAAGCGCAUUAGCAUCCUUCGGGAUGUAAUUGAUGCACUAGAGAAACGUGGAUAUCCAUCAAUUAGCGCCACGCCAGCUCAUGCCACCUUGAUUUGCAUCUGGAAAAUGACUGGCGAGGCCCUUCUCAAGAAGGACUACUGGACUGCAAAGCUAUGGCUUGAGAUGUGCACUAAUCCGAAGAUCUUUCAAUACUGCUCCAUGGAAACCCAGAUUGCGAUACAAAAGAAGCUGGUAGCAUGUUACCUGAAGACUGGCGAAACCACCGCUGCUCGUCGGUUAAUCGACCGGGGUCUAUUCCAAAGUCAAGUGGAUUGCGAGAGGAUGUACUUGUCUUACAAGUUGCUCUUGCUGGAAGGGAAAGACGGCCGUGGGCAUUUCUAUCUCGGUUUUCCUUCGCACCCGGUGCCGCACAAGCAAACGAGUCUCCUAUCAUGCGCAAUGGAAGCCCAGAGACAACGCAAACCAGAAGAAGUACUGAACUGUCUUGAUCAAUUCAUCAAAUGUUUGACUUCAGAUGACAUUUAUCACUCUGACUUUCCCGCCGCGGAACAUCACAUAUUCGCAAUGGUUCUUCUUUCCGAAGAACUCUCAAAAGGCUUUAACCAGAGGAUUGGCAACUGUAUCGAGACUGUACUCCAAAGUGCCGUGUCUUAUGCAAAAGAGAACAGCAUGUUUGAAGGUGGCGACCAGGAGGUCUCAGUCACCCAACUGCAAUGGCUGUAUUGUGCAUCUUACAAACUCGCUUUGAAACUUGUCAACUCUUCCGGGUUUCUGUGGGCUGCUUCUGUCCUGGAUCACUCUAGAGAUUUGGCGAUUCAGUAUCGUGAGAUUGCAUACCCCGAGAUGGGUUCCAAAGCACCCAGGCCGCAUUUAUUUGCAGUUGUUUACCUCCGUCUCCUUGUUAGCACCCUUGGGGCCCGCCGUGAGAAUGAUCCGACCCAAAAGGCAUCGCACUACGAUAAUGUACGCGCUUAUUGCCGGGAACUCGAUGACUUGCAUGGCUGGGAAGAUGGAGAGGAGGAGGCAGAUGUCGCGAAUAACAAGGAAAACGGGCACCAUGAUGUUGCCAAAUUCUUCGACCUUGAGGCUGCCAUGCACCUUAAGAAGUGGGACGAUGUGACCAACAUAUGUGCAUCCGACGACACAUUCCCCGAUCCGAAGUUUUACUCACCUAUUAUGGACCUGACUCUCCAAUUGGACCUACCACCCACAUUGGCAAUCCAGAUCAUCAAGCGCAUCGUGUUAAAACUCAGCGAGCUACAGGACGACCCCCCAACCACAUGGCAGCGCGAUUUCCGGGUUUCCCUGCCCCGCUACCUCCAUUGUCUAUUUGCACUAGCCAUUCUGCCAGUUCAACAACCAGACUAUCUUGAAUUUGUCAAUCUCGAUGUCGAAAUGGCUGACCCUGAGGUUGCUGAAGAUGUUCUCGACAAAAUCCUUGAAAUGGCAAACGAAGAGGCAGAGGAAGACGUUAAUCACGAGGGUUUUAGUACACAGUACGGUCAGGACAUCAUGCAUACCGGUUCUGAGCUCCGUGAAAUGUUUACAUAUCCAGCUGCGGAGUUGAUCAAAAUUGCUACCGUGGCUUUCAACAAGGCUACUGACUUUUACCGUGCUACGCAAGAUGAGGACUGUCAGCGUUGGGCGAACAAGGCCAUUGAGAUUGCUCAGCUUGUGCCAGGUGCCCAGGGCAGACAACUGGUCGAGACGCUUCAAAAUCGACUGGGGGGCUUGAUUGGAGUCUAA